GGUAUAAGAUUGUAGUCUCAAUCUUAGUUUUAGACUACCAAAAUAAAUACAAGGUUUUGUCAUUCUUUAUACAUAUUAAAUACUUAAUUUAAAGAAAAUGACACAAAACGACUCUCUAAAGAACUGGCUAUUAGAACCUCCGAAGUACACAAUAUUUAGAAUCAAUAAAUUAAUGGAAUUGGAUAUAGUGAAUCUACAAAACUACUUAGAGGAACAAAGAAAAGAAUUAAACACUAAUAGUAUUCCGAAAUAUUACUUUUUAAAACCUGACUGUCUUGUUAUUGAACAAUGGCCUACAACUUUAAGUUUUGAGAAAUCAAAGAAUGAAGUUAUUGUAGAUCCACUAUGUGCAGCUGCAGUCUUAAGAGGUGCCCAUGUAUAUGCCCCUGGUGUCUUAGGCCUUCCCACGAACUGUGAUAUAAAUGAAAGAAUAGAUAUUUAUGGUUCUAUGGAUGGCCAAUGUAAAAGAGGUCAUAAAGUAAAAUAUGAUGGAAACAAACAAUAUGUUGGCACAGGUUUUUUGAAAAUGUUACGAUACCACUUAUUCGACAAAGCAGUUCAACCUAGUGGCAUAGCAAUUCAAACAUUACUACCUGCUUCAAGAUUGCCAGUAUUAAAUGAAACAAUUUUUUCUAAAGGUCAAGUUUUGUUACAAAAUCUCCCAUCCAUAAUUGCUGGGUGGGUUGUUAAUGCACAACCUUAUGAAUUUAUCCUGGAUAUGUGUGCUGCACCUGGUAAUAAAACAACCCACUUAGCUGAAAUGUCAAAUAAUAAAGCUGUUAUUAUUGCUAUUGACAAGACAAUUCAAAAAUGUGCUAAAAUACAGCAAACUUGCAAUAAACAAGGUGCUACAUGUGUAAAAGCUUAUGCAUAUGAUUCAACAAAAAUUCAUUCUGGUGAUGAUAAUAAUAAUAAUAUAAUGGAGCCUCCAUUUUGUUCAAAUAGCUUUAAUAAAAUUCUCCUGGAUGCACCCUGUAGCGGGCUUGGUCAAAGACCACAAUUAAAUAACAUUAUUUCUCCAAAAAUGCUUCAAUCAUACAAAUUUGUUCAAAGAAAGUUAUUUGAUGCGGCUGUAAAAAUUUUGGAAAUUAAUGGUAAAUUAAUAUACAGCACUUGUACAGUAACAGUGGACGAGAACGAAGGCAUGGUGGCUUGGGCCUUAGAAAAAUUUCCAUGUUUGAAACUUAUACCUGCAGAACCAUUAUAUGGGGGACCAGGUUUACCAAAUGUUGGUCUGUCUGACAAAGAAAGAUUAAUGGUACAACGAUUUGGUCCAGAAGACGAUGAAUUGAGACCAGUUGAAGACAUAUAUAAAAAUACUAUAGGUUUUUUUAUAGCGGCAUUCGUAAAAACUAAAGAUCAUAACAGUUAGCACAAUAAAAUAA